GUUUCUUUCUCUCCUCCAGAGCCGAUGCGGACCCCGAAGAAGCUGAAGAUUGCAGAGACCCAGGCCAGGUUCAUCGCUGUGGACUGGGAGUCUCUGGGCUACAACAUCACCCGCUGCCACACCUUCAACGUCACCAUCUGCUACCAUUACUACAACGCCAACAAUCAGACCAAGGCCGACUGCCUGGACAUGGACCCCAAGGCCCCACGCCACGUGGUGGGCAACCUGCCCCCCAACACCAACGUCAGCCUCAAGAUGAUCCUCACCAACCCCGAGGGACGCAAGGAGAGCGACGAGACCAUCAUCCAGACAGAUGAAGAUGUGCCUGGCCCCGUUCCKAGCCAGUCCAUGAAAGCCACACCGUUUGAGGAUCGGAUCUUCCUCUACUGGAAGGAACCACUGGAGCCCAAUGGGAUCAUCACCCAGUAUGAGAUCAGCUACAGUGGUAUUCGGUCCUUUGACCCCUCGGUGCCGUUACUGCGGCCUCCUCUGAUCGUGUCUCUGCCCUGGAACACUUCUCACCACGUCUUCAACCAGCUCCACCCUGGCACCACCUACCAGUUCAUCAUACGAGCCAGCACCGUCAAGGGCUUCGGGCCCCCAACCACACUCAACAUCACCACCAACAUCUCUGCCCCAACUCUGGAGGAGUAUGAUGGGUCCGAGGCAUUUCUGAAUGAGACGGCCACCACCAUCACGGUCCUACUGAAGCCAGCUCAGGCCAAAGGUGCCCCUAUCAGUGCUUAUCAGAUCGUAGUGGAGGAGCUGAAUCCUCAUCGCACACGCAGGGAGGCCAGCUCCGUGGACUGCUACCAGGUCCCAGUCUCCUUCCACGCCUCCAGUGGCGGUUCACCGUAUUACUUUGCGGCAGAACUCCCGCCUGGGAACCUUCCGGAGCCUUCUCCGUUCACGGUGGGCGACAACAAGACAUACCACGGCUUCUGGAACCCUCCGCUCGCUCCCAGGAAGAACUAUAACAUCUACUUCCAGGCCGUCAGCAGCGUGGAGAAGGAAACAAAAACACAAUGUCUGAGACUUGCAACAAAAGGAGCUACAGAGGAACCAGAGGUGAUCCCGGACCCGGCUAAGCAGACAGACAGGGUGGUGAAGAUCGCUGGCAUCAGUGCUGGGGUGCUGGUGUUUAUCCUGCUGGUGCUGGUAGCCAUUCUUCUGGUCAAGAAGAGUCAUGGAGGCUUUACUACGAAGAAUUGGUCAGUCAGGAGGAGCUACUAUUCUUACUCAUAUUACCUGAAACUGGCCAAGAAGCGCAAAGACGCCAUCGGGAACACUCGGCAGGAGAUGACCCACAUGGUGAACGCCAUGGACCGCAGUUAUGCUGAUCAGAGCACGCUCCACGCUGAGGAUCCCAUGGCCGUCACCUUUAUGGACUCCCACAACUUCAGCAACAGAUUGCCUAAUGAUCCACUUGUGCCAACGGCAGUGUUAGUGCCAAUUACCGAUGAGAACCACACUGCGGCUGCUGCUGCAGAGUCCAGUCGGCUGCUGGACGUGCCUCGGUACCACUGUGAGGGGACAGAGUCGCCCUACCAGACCGGUCAGCUGCACCCAGCCAUCAGGGUGGCUGACCUGCUCCAACACAUCAACCUGAUGAAGACCUCCGACAGCUACGGCUUCAAGGAGGAAUAUGAGAGUUUUUUUGAAGGCCAGUCCGCUUCCUGGGACGUGGCAAAGAAAGACACUAACAGAACCAAGAACCGCUAUGGAAACAUCAUUGCAUACGAUCAUUCUAGGGUGAUCCUGCAACCAAUGGAAGACGACCCUUCCUCUGACUACAUCAACGCCAACUACAUUGACGUAAGUGGCGCAGCCUCCUCCAUUGGCGAACGUGUGCGACACAACCGUCCUUCUCUCAUAUGGCUGUACAGGGAUGGUUACCAGAGGCCAAGUCACUACAUUGCAACCCAAGGGCCUGUCCAUGAGACAGUCUAUGAUUUCUGGAGGAUGGUCUGGCAAGAGCAGUCUGCCUGUAUCGUCAUGGUCACCAACCUAGUGGAAGUUGGACGGGUGAAGUGUUACAAGUACUGGCCCGAUGAUGCUGAGGUCUAUGGUGAUUUCAAAGUGACAUUUGUGGAGGUGGAGCCCCUUGCUGAAUAUGUGGUCAGAACGUUCACCUUGGAGAGGAGAGGCUUUAACGAGCUGCGGGAGGUGAAGCAGUUUCAUUUCACCGGCUGGCCUGACCACGGAGUGCCCUACCACGCUACAGGCCUCCUCUCCUUCAUCCGCCGGGUCAAAAUGUCCAACCCCCCCAGCGCUGGGCCCAUCGUGGUGCACUGCAGCGCCGGAGCCGGACGCACAGGUUGCUACAUCGUCAUCGACAUCAUGCUGGACAUGGCGGAGAGGGAGGGCGUGGUGGACAUCUACAACUGCGUGAAGGCCCUGCGCUCCAGACGCAUCAACAUGGUACAGACUGAGGAGCAGUACAUCUUUAUCCAUGACGCCAUCCUAGAGGCCUGUCUGUGUGGCGAGACGGCCAUCCCCGCCUGCGAGUACAAAGCAGCUCACUACGACAUGAUCAGGAUAGACUCACAGAGCAACUCCUCACACCUCAAAGACGAGUUCCAGACCCUGAACUCGGUGACCCCUCAGCCGCAGCCAGAGGACUGCAGCAUCGCCCUGCUCCCCAGGAACCACGAGAAGAACCGCUUCAUGGACAUGCUGCCUCCAGACCGCUGUCUGCCCUUUCUGAUCACCAUCGACGGGGAGAGCAGCAACUACAUCAACGCUGCCCUUAUGGAUAGCUACAGACAGCCAGCAGCCUUCAUCGUGACCCAGCACCCUCUGCCCAACACGGUCAAAGACUUCUGGAGGCUGGUGUACGACUAUGGCUGCACGUCCCUGGUCAUGCUCAAUGAGAUUGACCUAGCGCAGGGCUGUCCUCAGUAUUGGCCUGAAGAYGGGAUGCUUCGCUACGGUCCUGUCCAAGUUGAAUGUAUGUCCUGCUCCAUGGAUUGUGACGUCAUCAGCCGUCUCUUCAGAAUAUGUAACCUCACCAGACCUCAGGAGGGCUACCUGAUGGUGAGGCAGUUCCAGUACCUGGGCUGGGCCGCCCACAGAGAAGUGCCAGCGUCCAAGCGCUCCUUCCUUAAGCUCAUACUGCAGGUGGACAAGUGGCAGGAGGAGUGUGAGGAGGGAGAGGGACGCACCAUCAUCCACUGCCUGAACGGAGGCGGCCGCAGUGGCAUGUUCUGUGCUAUCAGCAUCGUGUGUGAGAUGAUCAAGAGGCAGAAUGUGGUGGACGUGUUCCACGCCGUCAAGAGCCUGAGGAACAGCAAGCCCAACAUGGUGGACAGCCCGGAGCAGUAUCGUUUCUGCUACGACCUUGCUCUGGAGUUCCUCGAGACAUCUUAGCCAAGAAGACGGGACGAAACAGAACUCCAGAACCUGGUAGCCAUUCCAACACUACAGAUCCUUUGGAGGUGGGCAUCGUUGACUAAGCCUAUACAGACUGCUAUAGAUGGUUUUUGGAUUUCUUUUGAAAACUCUUUAAUGUUUCUAAUUGUACUGGGAGUAUGAUGUGAGUGGUUUGUAAAUGUCUCCAUUGUACUUCGCCGUGUUCAGUGCCAGAGAGACAAGUGUCGGCCACUAGGCCACAUUUGCUUCAAUGUCUUUCGCAGAUUUAGUUAUUUUUUACGUGCAGCCAUUGUAAAAAAAUAAAAUAAAAUGGGAAACACUAAUGCCAAGGUGUUGCAUGCUAAAAACGUUUUUUUAUUUUUAUUUUUUAUAUUAGCAGCAUUAUUGUCAACGAACAAUAUAUAUCUAUAUAUAGAAGUCAAUCACAAAUGUGAAAGAAAAAAUUACAGCUCUCUAUAAGUGCUGACAUGUGACAUUGGCUUGGUAAUGUUUGUAUCGUGGACUGAUGGCUGACUCAUUUUGUUUUUAUUUUGUAGCAAAUCUUAAUCAUAAGCCAAAGACUUAUGUAAAUAUGUCUAUAUGGAUAAAGCACAUUGUUUGUAUCUAUCGUUUACUUACAUUCCUUUUUGAAGGCUAAAAACAAUCAUCUUCAUUCCAUGUUUACCUAUGCCUUUAAACUGUAAACAUUUAAUGUCGUUUUUUUAAAGUAUUAAGGUACAUUUCAGUAGUAGUAUCUUAUUUUCAAUGUUUUCUUAUCUUCUGUGUGAUGUUACAGUGGUUAAUUUGUG